GGGAGUUGCCCCGGAACCAAUACGCACAUACUGCUAUUUUCUUUUCUUUUUUUACCUCCGUAAAAGCUAGCUUUAGCUUUUACUAGUUAGCUGGGUUGUACAAAAUGUGGUUGUUGCAGGAGCAAUAGCUAAAUUGCUUUGCAAUGUUUUGUUGUGAAGAAGUAUUGCACUUAACCUACAGGUUUAGAUUACAUUAUUACUAGCUCGCAAAACACGAGACGCGAGUAAGAAAAAAAAACACUUUACAAACUAGCUAGCUACAUAGCUAGCUAUUUGUCCAAUUUAAUGGAGUGCCCCCAUUUGAACUCCAAUGUGUGCAUUGCCAUCGAUUCUUCAAGGUUUCCGAAUGGUUUGCCGUCUUCCUGGUGCUGCAACGUCUGCAGGUCAAACAAAAGCCCAUGGGUUUGUCUUAUCUGUAUGAAUGUGCAUUGUGGAAGAUAUGUGAAUGGACAUGCAAAAAAACACUUUGAAGAAAGUGUGGUCCAUGGAAAUCAUCAGAAGAAAUGUGAGAAGGAAGAGAAGGAAAAGGCAUCACACUCUGUCUGCAUGGACUGUUGUAAUUACAGCACAUUUUGUUACAGAUGCGAUGACUUUGUUGUAAAUGACACAGUGUUAGGACAGGUUCAGAAGUUGAGGGAGCAUCUUCAGAUUUUGGAAAAUUCACCAUUGACUGUUGAUAAGCAAAGAAAAAGGAAACUAUUAGAAACCUCAUCACCAAACAGAAAACUGUUAAAGGACAAUGGUGGGACCUCGGCUCUCGCUGCCACCGGCCUGCGAAACCUGGGAAACACGUGUUUCAUGAAUGCCAUCCUGCAGUCCCUGAGCAACAUUAAGCAGUUCAGCUGCUAUUUCAAGGAGUUGCCAGUAGUGGCACUGCGCAGUGGUAAAACGUCAGGAAGGAGAAUGUACCACACCCGCAGCCAAGGGGACACCAGUGUGUCCCUUGUGGAGGAGUUUAGAAAAAUCCUGUGCUCCCUAUGGCAGGGGAGCCAGAGCGCCUUCAGUCCAGAUUCCUUUUUCUAUGUGGUGUGGAAAAUAAUGCCAAGUUUCAGGGGCUACCAGCAGCAGGAUGCUCAUGAGUUCAUGCGUUACUUGCUGGACCAUCUCCACCGUGAGCUCCAGAGCAGCUGCAACGGGCCUGUUCACCUAGCGCCGCCUCAGGAGGGCCUCAAACUCCCAACUACAGGAGCCAAAUGCUGCAUAAAUGGGACCUCCACAGUUGUCACAUCCAUAUUUGGUGGAGUGCUUCAGAAUGAAGUUUACUGCCUGAUCUGUGGAACAGAGUCUAGGAAGUUUGACCCAUUCCUUGAUUUGUCUUUAGACAUUCCCAGCCAGUUCAGACAGAAGAGGACUAAGGACCAAGAGCCUGGGCCUACCUGCACCUUACGUGACUGCCUACACAGUUUCACAGACCUGGAAGAACUUGACGAGACAGAACUGUACAUGUGCCUUAAGUGUAAAAAAAGACAAAAAUCUACAAAAAAGUUCUGGGUCCAGAAGCUGCCAAAGGUUUUGUGUUUGCACCUUAAAAGAUUCCAUUGGACGGCGUAUCUAAGGAAUAAAGUGGACACCUAUGUGGAAUUCCCGCUUCGAGACCUGGACAUGAAGGGAUUUUUGCUUGAGCCGGAGAAUUAUCUGCCAGAGAGCUGCCUAUAUGACCUUGCUGCUGUGGUGGUGCAUCAUGGGUCAGGGGUGGGAUCAGGGCAUUACACUGCGUAUGGCAGCCACGAUGGCCACUGGUACCACUUUAAUGAUAGCACUGUGACUUUAACUGAAGAGGAAACUGUGGUGAAGGCAAAAGCCUACAUCCUCUUCUAUGUGGAGCGGCCAGACAAGGCUGCCUCUGAUGCAACUGCAUCGGAAACUGCUGUCUGCGUGAAGACUGCCUCGGAAUUGGCCGCCUCGGACUCUGUUGCCAUGGGCACUGCUGACUUAGAAACAGACUCUUAGGCUGUGUCAAACAUGGCUGACUUGAAGGUUGACACCAAGCUUUAAAACCUGUUGCAUGUUGGAGCGUUUAGGCUUCACGGCCCCAGAUCAGUUGUCGCCCCUCACUCUUUCUUCACCUCAAUGGCUUGGCUAUGGAUUUACUUGUCUUAUUUGCUUUACGUUACAUUCCUCUAUUGAGACAGACUGCUCCUGUUAGAUUCUAAACAUGAUGGUAAAAUCUUUGGCUCU